CUGCUGGUGCUCAGGAAAUAGAUUUAGGAAGUUUUUGUUUUGAUUGAUGGCCUCGUUUUGAUGUUUGUGUGCCUCACCUUUCGUCCUGAUCCUGGGUCUGGAUGGUUCUUUAUCUUCUCUCCUUGGAGUUCCUUUUUCUUCUGAACUGAUCUGGGGAAAGCAACGAAAAUGUCUACGGAUGGAGAUAUUUCGCCAACAUUGGCUGAGUCUUGGGUUAAUGUUGAUGACGAGCGCAGCCACAAGUCAUCGGCAGGUGCGGAGCCCUCUUACGCCGACGGCUUGCACUCCGAUCUGAGUGAUGGCAGUGAAAUGGAGGAUAUGUUGGCUGAGGCAGUCAGAGAUUCUGAUAUGGCUGCCGACUCUGAAGACACUGGACCUGAACAGCGGCAUGCUGAAGUUCCAAGUCCUGACCAUCUUCUGCGUUCAAAGACUAUACCUGAAGAGCUUCCUCUCCAGGAAACGAGCAGCUCAACUGAUGUUCAUCGACGUACCACAAGCUCGGCCACUUCAUUACACAGCUCGGCAGCAUGGAAGGAGUCUACCAGUCCACCAGGCGAGGCACCUCCAAGUGAGCCGACGGAUGAGUCAUCCGCAGAAUCCUCAUUCUGGUACCGUAUUUUCAGUAGCAAUUAUGCCCGUCUAAUCGAGUUUGUCAGCUCUCACCCCAAUUUGGUCAUCGCAGCUACUUUCGCCACUAUCGGCGUCUGCAUCUGGCGAACACGGAGGAUUGUAUUCGUGUGAAAGUAGGCCGCCAAGGAGGCCACUACUUAGACUAGCCGUCAUUUGGGCUGCGAGUGGUUGUGUUGAGCACGCGUACAGACCGGUUACACCUGUUUGAUGGCUGCUGUAUGCAGCCAACAACCUCACAACACCUUUAUUUUCUAGACUGGCAUCCAGGCAAGAUCCAGACUGGGCACUUACACACGAAUGGCUCCUAUUGUACAUUAUUCCGCUUCGUAGCUUUGCCAGGUGCAUGCCCGUGCUCAUCUUUUUCUUGUUCCUGCGAUACCAUACCAGUUUUUUUCCCAUUACAAGUUUUUUACCUCUGCAACACUGGCUUGUUGUUGGCUAUGUAUAUUAUUUAGAGCAAGUCUAGCCUUAGCAGUUCCCAUAGCGUUUGUUACCUUUUCACAGUCUUCGUGUGCAGCUAACUGUUGCACCUAGACUUUUUUUCUUGCAUUUCUACAUGCCAGCUGCAGCUGGCACUUCCGACGUACUAGCACUUUCUCUUCGGCCAGUUUCCAGGCCUGUCAAUGCGUAGAUUAUUUUCUCAGCUAGCAAUCACGAUGACUCUUCUCAUGCUUACCCCUUAUUCUCACCUGAACAUUGUCUUUAGUGUCCAAUCAGUUUUCACAGCAGUAUUUUCUGACACCCAAAUCAUACAAUUUUUUACUUUUUUAAUGCUUUUUUGUGAUUCUGACGUCGCUGCAGGCACGCGUUACGAUAUUGUAUAGCUCUGUUGCAACCAGACAUGAAAGGUCACGACCAAUGUUGAAUGAUAGUGACCAAGAAUGAUC